AGACGCAGGAAGUGUGGGGAUAGACGUUAGUCGUCUCUUUGACUGUUUAAUGUAAGUUAAUUGUCAUAGUUUAGCAAGAACAUUAUCCAGGUGGCUUGUUAUCCACAUUGCUAGAUUCUUUAAUUUUGUUUGUUGGUGGCUAGCAUUAGCCAGCUAGCUAAUCACCUACCUUUCAAGUGCGGGAACAUGGUUUUUUUCACGUGCAAUGCAUGUGGUGAGUCGCUGAAGAAAGCCCAAGUCGAAAAACAUGUAAACAUGUGCCGUGGGUGCGAAAUUUUGUCAUGCAUUGAUUGCGGAAAAGACUUCUGGGGAAAUGACUACAAGAACCACAUCAAAUGCAUCACUGAAGAUCAGAAAUAUGGAGGAAAGGGCUUUGAGGCCAAGUCCAAGAAAGGGGAUGUCAAACAGCAACAGUGGAUCCAAAGAAUCCAAGAAGCCAUGAAUAAGCCAGGAAUCAGUGCCAACCUGAAAGGCGUGCUAUAUCAAGUCAGUUCAUAUGACAAUGUUCCACGAAAGAAGGCAAAGUUUCAGAAUUGGAUGAAGAACAGUCUCAAGAUCUACAAUUCCACACUGUAUGACCAGGUUUGGGAGAUCUUUUCAGCAGCAACAAGUAAUACGUCUUCUGAAGAGACAGGUGAAACAAAACCCGUAGUUGAAAUCAAUGGCAAUGGGAGUCAGCCAUUGAGUCAGAACUGCACGUCGGCAAAACUGGAAACGGAGGAGAAGAAGAAAUUAAACAAGCGGGAACGCAAAGAAGCAAGGCAAAGGAAGGCUGGUAAAAAAGAAAAGAGAGCAUCAGAGAAUGGUAAUGUUGAAGAGGUGGAUGCUGAUCCAGGCAAACGGAAGGACAAGAAGAGGAAGAGGAGUUCUGAAGAAGCUGAACAAAAUGGCAACGAUGCUGACGUGACGACCAAGAAAUUCAAGAAAAGUAAAAAAGACCAUUCCAAAGAUGACCAAAGCCCAGAGGGCGCUGAGGAUGAAGAAAAUGCAGAGGAGGAAGAGGAUACUGAGGGAAAAUCCGGUUCCAAAGGUAAAUUCAACUGGAAGGGAACGAUCAAGGCGGUCUUAAGACAGUCCCCCGAAGAGGGAAUUGCGGUGAAAAAACUCAGAAAGAAGGUUUUGUCAGCCUACUACUCAUUCAGUGCCGAGGGAAAUUUCAAAUCAGAAGAGGAGCUGCUAGCACUUUUCAACAAGAAGCUAAAGGGCAACCCUAAGUUUAGAGUAUUGAAAGACAAAGUUAGGCUUAUAAAGUAAACACAAAUCUUUCAUCAUACCCGCGCAGUAUACUUCGUCAAGGUUGUAUUGAUAUCACAGUCCACUGUCAUCCAUGGUAAUGCUUGCGAUUUUAUGUAAACGUUAAAAUUAAAUAAUCUUU